AUAUAUCAAGUAAAACAAGAUCAGAAAAUUGCUAGGAAAAGGUAAGAAAUUUGAGAGAGAGAGAGAAAUUAUGGGUCGUGGGAAGAUUGAAAUCAAGCUGAUCGAAAACCAGACCAACAGGCAGGUGACCUACUCCAAGAGAAGAAAUGGGAUCUUCAAGAAGGCUCAGGAGCUCACCGUUCUCUGUGAUGCCAAGGUCUCCCUCAUUAUGCUCUCCAACACUAAUAAAAUGCACGAGUAUAUCAGCCCUACCACUACGACCAAGAGUAUGUAUGAUGACUAUCAGAAAACUAUGGGGAUCGAUCUGUGGAGGACACACGAGGAGUCGAUGAAAGACACCUUGUGGAAGUUGAAAGAGAUCAACAAUAAGCUGAGGAGAGAGAUCAGGCAGAGGUUGGGCCAUGAUCUAAAUGGCCUGAGCUUUGACGAGCUGGCUUCUCUUGACGAUGAGAUGCAGUCUUCCUUGGAUGCCAUACGUCAAAGGAAGUACCAUGUGAUCAAAACUCAGACGGAGACCACCAAGAAGAAGGUUAAGAACUUGGAGCAAAGAAGAGGAAACAUGCUGCAUGGCUAUUUUGACCAGGAAGCAGCCGGCGAGGAUCCACAGUAUGGUUAUGAGGACAAUGAGGGAGACUACGAAUCUGCACUUGCAUUGUCAAAUGGGGCGAAUAACUUGUACACUUUCCACCUCCACCACCCUAACCUCCACCACGGAGGAAGUUCCCUCGGCUCCUCCAUUACUCAUCUGCACGAUCUCCGCCUUGCUUGAUCGUGAUCUGAGAUAUGAUUAAUCAUCACUAAGUUAUAUAUUAAGGUCACUUAUAACUGCUUUUGUUCUAAAGUGUUUGCUUGGUGACUAUCUUUAGGCAAGGAGUUAGACUUGGACUACCUCUGAAAACAGAUGCAUAAAUAUGUGUGUGGUGUUUUAAUCAAUGAUAGCACUAAAAAAAUCCGCGCCCUUGUUGCUUGUGGGUUUGUUUGUAUAAUUAAUACUUCUAUUCUAUAUAUAUCAUGGCAGACAUUGCUUUUGAUAUUUUGGUUUGUUUGUCUUGGAUGUCUUGUUUUGGCUUUAGGGACUUGUUUGGAAAA